UACCCUACCCUUACAUACAUACGAAGAGCAAUAUCUAGUAGGCUACUUUCGUAAUAAAAGUACUUGCACUCUCCAAUUGCGGUAACGAACCUGAGAAAUAUAGUAGGAAAAUACAUAUUCCUUAGAUUUGUCAACCGGUGCGGCUGUCCGCUGUCAAACAGUUGUAUUUUUUGCGCUCUUUCAAAAUGUACGUUAGAAACGAGAUAAUUUCAUUAUUUUUGUUUUUCUAUGUCGUUUCUUCGGAAAAUGUUACUCAGCAUCCAGACACACCCGAGUAUAUAAUUCCCUGCUACAAAUCAGAUCCUGAAUUGAAUAAAUGCGUCACAAAUACGUUCAAUCAUCUCAGGCCCUACUUAAUCAGUGGUAUAAAAGACAUCAACGUACCCAGUAUAGACCCUUUCAAGAUUGAAAGGAUCGUCAUAGAAAAUGGCCAAGGACCUUUCAGAAUAAGGGCUACUUUCUUCAAUGUUACAGCUGGGGGAGCUAGCAAUUAUUCCAUUCAAUCAGUGAAAGCAGAUGUGGACCGAUACACCAUUGAACUAGCAGUUAAAUUACCAAGAAUAGAAAUAAGAGGCAAAUAUGAUGUAAAUGGAAAUGUCCUCUUAUUUCCUGUUAGAUCCAAGGGCGAUUUCUGGGCAAUUUUCUUGGAUAUAGACGGAGCUGCUAAAAUUUACGGAAAAGAAGUGACCAAUAAAGAAGGAACAAGAUUCAUGAAGAUAGAUAAAAUGUUCGUUGACUUCAAAUUCAACAAAAGUAGAUUUAGGAUAAAGGACGUAAUAAACCAUGGGAAUGUGAUAGGGGAAGCUAUGAAUCAAUUUUUGAAUAACAACUCUGACGAGAUCAUCAAAGAGAUGAAGCCUGCUGCUACUACAGCAAUAGCCAAACAUUUCAAGUCCUUCUUGAACGCAGCUUUUCUUCGACUUCCAUUGAAAGUUUGGUUACCUGAUGCAUGAGAAAAAGGCAGUUGACUUUGCCUUGACACAACGACUGAUAUAGAGUGGUAGAAUAGAUUUAUGUACAUUUUAGUAUAAAGAUUAAGCUGAACACAAUCAACUUCGAUAUGGAGUUGGUACAACAGGAUAUAGAUUUCUACAGAGUAUAUAACAUGUAGUUCAUGUUAGUAUCUAGAUAAACAAAUUUUGCACGAAUUGUUAAGUAUAUUUUUAUUCGCAAAUAUAACUGAUAAAUUGCAAAUUAGCUUGCAGUAUCCUAUAGGAGAACCUAGAAAUGUGAUGAUUUUUAAGAAAAUUAUAUUAUGUAAAGAAUCUUUUAUUUUCGAAUGUUAUGUGGGUGUCAAUUAUUUUUUUUUGUGAGUCUUUUGAUAUCAUACAGUACUAUGACUUAUUACUUUCCAUAAUAACUCAAUACAUCUGUGCUGCGUUUGUGAAAAAUGAUAAGAAAUUGUUUUAGAACUGAAGUGAACUCGAAUGAUAUAUAUACUUCCAACAAUUUAUAACUCUCUUACACAUAAUAUUGAUACUGUACCAGUAAUCUAAUUCAAAAAGAAAAUUCAUUUCU